AUGGCUUUAACGGUAUUUUUAUUUAAAGUUGUUAAUCUUGAAAUAGGAAAUAAUAAAAUUGAUCUAUUGAAUGAAAAUCAAGAACAAGCAACACCAUUAAUUACUGAUGAUAAUUUAACAUUACUUUGUGCUAAAGUUAUAUUUCGAGGAAUUCAUCUUUGGUCAAAUAAUGUUCCAAUACAAAAUGGAACAGCAAAUUUUAUUGCACGUGGAAAUAAACCAAAAAAAUUUCAUUUUAAUUUAGCAACUAUGUUAUUAUCUGAUGAGAAAAUACGUAUGGAAUUUUAUGCAAUAAAUGUAAAGAAAAAUCGUAAGAAAAUGAUUGCAAUUUUUGAAAUAAUGCUUGAAACGUUAAUCGAUGCAAAACAUAUUGAUUUACCUGAAGAAUAUUUAUCGGAUCCACAUCAUUAUUUAAUGAAAUCAACUGUACAACUUAAACUUUAUUAUACACCACCAAGUAUUGAUAAAAAAGGAGAUCUAUUAGAUCGACUUGAUGAAACAACUGACACAAUCAAUUGGAUGGAUCGAUUUGAUGAUGGUGGUCGACAUGGUGGUCAUCGACAUAGAUAUAUUAAUUCAAAAUAUAAUACUGGAUUUAACAAAUUACGUACGAAAUUCUCUGGUCGUGCAGAUGAUGCUGAUUCAGAUUCGUUUAGUGAUUCUGAAUUUGGUAGUAAUCCAAAUUAUAAUGAACCAUUAUUGGCAAUGACUCGCGAAGAUAAAUUAAAGAUUAAACACAGUGAACUUGAAUUACUGGAAAAAAGUUUGGGACGAUAUGAAGGUGAUGAAUAUCAAAUGACACAAUGGCAAGUUAUGGUUAAUAUUAUACAAGGACGAGAUUUUGCUGGAAUUGAUAUUAAUCCAUAUGUAUGUGUUCAAAUUGGUGAUCAAAAACGAUAUACUGGAAUACAUAAAUGUAAUAAUUCACCGUACUUUGGAGAAUUCUUUACAUUUGAUUUUACACUUCCGGCCACACAAAUGAUGGAAAAAGUGAUUUAUUUUCGAGUUCAUCAUGCAAAAAAACUAAUAAGUACAUUUACUGAUACAAAACCAAUUGGUAUAUUUAAAGCUGAUGUAGCAACAGUUUAUAAUGAAGAAGAACAUGUAUUUGAACGAAAAUGGGCUAAAUUAAUUAAUCCAGAUUCUAUCAAAGCAUCUUGUGGUCAUUUACUUGUUUCAGUUGCAAUUGCACAACGUGGUGUUACAACAAAAAAUAUUCUUGGUGAAGCUGUCGAAGAUGAUGAUGAAUUAAAACCAUCAAAAGAAUUUAUACCAGCUGCUAUGCCUCGACGUCUUUUCCCUGUUCAAUUUAAAAUAACUUUUUUUGCAGCAACUGAAUUACCUGAAAUGAUGACUGAUUUUUUAACAACUGUUUCAAAGAAAAUUCUUGCUUCUGAUGAUUGGGAACCAGUUGAUCCAUAUAUUGAAGUAACAUAUAAUGCAAUACAAGCAACAACAAAUUAUUGUAAUGGUUCAUCACCUGUUUGGGGUGAAGCACUUUAUUUAGUUGGACAAUUUCCACCACUUGUACGAACAAUAAAAAUAGCACUUAAAGAUCAUGCUGCUGUUCAAAAAGAUCGUACAAUAUCAUCAUUUUUAAUUGAUCUUUUUUCCAUAAGUGAAAGUAAUCCAUUAGCUGGUUUUUUACCAAUAUUUGGUCCAACAUGGAUGUUUUUAUAUGGAAGUCCAAGAGAAUAUACUAUGAAUAAAGAUCAAGAUGGUCUUGGAGAACGUAUGGGUGAAGGUGUUUGUUAUAAAGGACGUUUACUUAUGGAAAUAGAAUGUCAUCCAAUAAGUGGUGAAAAUGCAUCGAAUAUGAAUGUACAAAAAGAAAGUGGAAUUCAAUUUCCUGAAGCUCAUAUAUUUCCAAUAAAACGUACAUUUAUUUUAUUUGGUUGUAUUUAUGAUGUAACAAUGAUUGAUAAAACAUUUGGUAAUGCAAUAAUUUGUUUUGAAUUAAGUAUUGGUUCAAGUGGAUAUUUAAAUUCACAACAAUUGAAUAAUCAUGAAUCAGCUUCAUCAAUAACACGAUCAUAUCCACGUAUACCAAUUGAUAAUAAUGUACAACAUUUUCGUUUACCUAUUGAUUUACAAAAACCAAUUAUAUUUACAAAAUAUACAUUUUAUGAUUAUACUUAUCGUAUGACUUUAUCAAAUCGAUUGAAAAAUGCAGCUGAUUAUAUGUUUAAAUUAAUACGAGAAUUUGAAUUUAAUAUCAAUUCAAAAUUAUCAGAUGAAAUUUUAAUAGAACAAUAUCGAAAAAUGGAAGAAUAUGUUCAUACAUUACCAUGUGGAUGUGGUCAACAAAAAACUACUACUAAUAAUAAUUUUAAUAUAACAGGUGGAGUUCAUGCAACUCUAUCUGAAGUAUUAAAUUUUUCAUUACCAAAUCUUCGAAUGAAUUCAUUAGAUGAAAAACGACGAAAAAAAAUUUUACAUAAUUUAGAAUUAUUAAAAAGUUGGAUUACAAAAGAUGUUGAUUUUGAUGAAACAAAACGAUUUGAAAUAAUUAAAAAAUUAUAUAAAAUAGCUCGUGCACUUCGACGAAUGGCCUUUGAUGUACAACCAUCAUUACCUGAUAUAUUUUUAUGGAUGAUAUGUGAUUCAAAACGAGUAGCUUAUGCUCGAUUAUCACCAGAAGAUCUUCUUUAUAGUACAUGUGAAGGUGAAAAAGGUUUAUAUAAUGGUCGAAUACAAACACUCUUUCUUCAAACACCACGUACAUCGGAUAAACCAAUAAAAUCAUCAACAAAUGCUAAAAUACAAAUAUUUCUUUGGCUUGGUAGUGAAGAACAAGAAUUAAAUAUAUUUAAACAAUUACCUGCUGGUUUUGAAAUGCCACAAUUAAAAUUAUCUAAUGAUAUCAAAUAUAUACAAUAUAAUGGAAUAUCAUAUUAUGAAUUACGAUGUCAUUGUUAUAAAGCAAGAUCAUUAAAUGCUUCAGAUGAAACUGGUUUCUCUGAUCCAUAUUUGAGUAUUACAGCUGGAAAUGAAACACAAACAACACCUAUUCUCAAAGAAUCAUUAUGUCCACAAUGGAAUAUAACAUUGGUCUUUCAAAAUUUGGUACAUGUUGGAAAUCGAGAAACAGCUGAACAAACCAUUGGAAAUGUUGUUGUUGAAUGUUAUGAUUAUGAUGAAUCGGAUGAAGGUUCUGAUUUCAUAGGUCGAUUUUCGACAACAGCUAAACUUGAUCUAUUUGAUGGAGAUAAAACCAAAAAAGAAUCAUUAUUUCAAUGGUAUGAAUUUAAAUUUGGUGAAAAAAGAGCCGGAGAAGUUUUAGCUGUAUUUGAACUCAACGAAGUUAAUCCAGAAACUCGACAAGUUGAUUCAAUAUUUAAUCUUGAAGAAAUUGAAAUAAUACCAGAUAAUUUUCCACCUAAUUUAUAUAUAAUUAAAUUAAUGAAAAAUAAAAUUUAUAAUAUUCCAUAUAUAAUUAUACCUGAUUUAAAACCUUAUGAAAUCGAAGUUAUGUUUUGGGGUUUACGUGAAUGUCGUCCAAUUAAUUUUCAAUCAAUUCAACAAGCUGAAGUAUCAAUCGAUUGUGCUGGUGCACGUAUAACGAAAAUAAUAAAAGAUGUACAAAAAUAUCCAAAUUUUGAAUCAACACCUAAGGAUUCCGAUAUCUACAAAAUUAUAGUUAAUUUACCAAAAGAUAAUAAUUUUUGGCCACAUUUAAGUAUUUCUUGUGUACAACAUCGUCUUUUUGGAAUGAAAGAACCUGUAGGUAAUCUUGUCGUAACUGAUUUACAAAAAUAUCUUGAAAAACCAAAUAUUCCUUCAAUAUCAAAUAAUACAUCGGAGACAGAAUCAGUUAAUGAAAUAUCAAAAAGAAUUCCACAUGAUCUUAGCCGUAUUCGACGAUCGGUCUAUGAUGCUUAUGAAGGUCAAACAAAAAAUCUUAAUGAAAGUCAACAAAUAAUUAUUAAUGCUGAUUCAUUGGCACAAGAAAAUAAUAAUGAAGAAGAUGAAAAAGUCAAAAGAAAAAGACAAAAUUCAAAUGAUUCUGACAUUAAAUUAGAAUCAAAUGUUGAUAGUUAUCAGCAAUUAACAAGUUUAGAUAGAUCAAAACGAAAUCAAAUGGAAAAAUCAGCUACUUGGUGGAGUAAAUAUUAUGCAUCAAAAGCAAAACUUAGAUUAGAAAAAAAAGUCAAAACAGAUUUAGAUGAAGGACUUCAUUUUAAUUAUAAUGUUUAUGCUGAUUUUUUUGAAGAUGAAUCAAAAGCUCUUGCUAAACAACGUUGGGCAUUUUUGAGUAAAGCUAAAAAAGCUUUUAUGCGUCUUGGAAAAUUUCGUAAAGAAUUUGAACGUUUCGCUGUUCAUGAAUUAGGAUAUCUUGGAGAUCAUUCGAAAUUCAAAUCAGUUAUUGAUGAAAGUUUAGAUAUUAUUGAAACUGAUCGUCUUAAAGAAUUAACAUUAUUACAAACAUUUGAUAUAAUUGAAAAUGAAUUAGAAAAUAUUCAGAAUUAUGAAGGAUUUAAUGAUUGUCUUGAUAAAUUUCCUUUAUAUAAAGGAAAAGGUACAAAUCGUUCAGAUGAAAAAGGAGAUGAAAAUCGUGUUUAUACAAAAUUUAAGGGAAAGCUUCGUAUUCGUGAAAUUCCAUCAAGUGAACGUAGUAGAACUUCAGAAAGUAUUAGUAGAAUGUCUAUUAAUCCAGUUUUACUCAAUAGUCAAACAGUAUCCGAAGCAAAGCAAAAACUAGCUCCAACUAUUCAUUUAAAUCAAGAAAUGCUUCAAUUUGAUUUGAAUCAACAUCCAAUUACACUUAAAUGUCGAUUGUAUAUUAUUAAAGCAUUAUUAUUUCGUGCUUGGGAUGCAUCGGGUAAAGCUGAUCCAUAUAUUAAAAUAUUAUUGAAUAGAGAUAUCAUUAUUGAUGAUGUUAAAGAAAGACUUUAUAAUACAUUAGAACCUGUUUUUGGAAAAUCUUAUGAAUUUGACAUAACAAUUCCUCAACAAUCAUUAUUACGUAUACAAGUUUGGGAUUGGGAUCUAGCAAAUUUAGAUGAUAGAAUUGCUGAAACAAGUAUUGAUAUUGAAAAUCGUUGGUUUUCAUGUCAUAGAGCAACAUGUGGUUUACAAAAAAGAUAUGAUAGUGCUGGUUAUAAUGUUUGGCGUGAUACAAAAACACCUGCUGUUAUUUUACAAGACUUAUGUCGAACAACAAAUUUAAAUUUACCAGUUUAUGCAACAGAUUGUCGUUCAGUAAUUAUUGGUGAUGUACGUUUUGAUUGUGAUCCAGAAUGUGUUCAAUUUAUAAAACAUGGAAAACCAAAUGAUUUAUUACAUCGUAAAGUUCAUCAUGAAUCACCAGAUGAAUAUAUUCGACAAAAUACAGCAUUAACGGCACUUCAUGGAUGGGCUAUUAAAAUAAAUCCAAAAGGUGCUUUAGUAUCUGAACAUAUUGAAUGUCGAUCACUUUUUGAUCCAAAAGUUCCGGAUGUCGAACAAGGCAAAUUGGAGAUGUGGUUAGAUAUAUUUCCAAUGUCUCGUCCACCAUCUAGUGCACCCGUUGAUAUAACACCAUUAAAACCAAUGGCAUAUCAAUUACGUGUAACUAUUUGGAAUACAUCAGAUGUUGAAUUAAAUGAUGAAAAUUUUGUAACAGGAGAAAAAACAUCAGAUAUAUAUGUAAAAGCAUGGGUUUUAGGAGAAAAAGAUGAUGGACAACAAACUGAUAUUCAUUAUCGAUCAUUAACAGGCGAAGGCAAUUUUAAUUGGCGAUUUAUUUUUGAUUUUAAUUAUAUAGAUAUUGAAGAAAAAAUAGUUCAUGAAAAAAAAGAAUCAGUUUUUCAAAUUGGUAAUACAUUGAAAAAACUUCCACCAAGAAUUGUUAUUCGUGUUUAUGAUGCUGAUCUUUUUUCAGCUGAUGAUUUUCUUGGUGAAUGUAUUCUUAAUCUAACACAUUUACCAAUUGGUUCUAAAAUGUCGAAAAAAUGUAAAUCAGAUAUUUUACUUGAUUCAAAACAUCGAGCAUUAAAUUUAUUUGUAAACAAACGUAUUGCUGGUUGGUGGCCAAUGAUUGCUCCAUUGAAAGUUGGAGAAGUUCGUGAUACAGCUCUAUUAGGAGGUAAAGUUGAAGCUGAAUUUAGUCUUCUUACAGCUGAAGAAGCUGAAAAAAAUCCUGUUGGUAAAGGACGUGAAGGACCACAACCACUUGAUGAACCAAAUCGUCCAAAAACUUCAUUUCUAUGGUUUACAUCACCAUGGAAAACAUUUCGAUAUGUUAUUUGGCGUAAUUUUCGAUGGACAAUACUUAUUGGCAUAAUUAUAUUUAUAUUUGUUCUUUGUCUAUUAAUUGGUUUAUGGUCAGUGCCAGGAGAAUUAGUUGGCAUUGUAUUAAAUAAAAUUUUUAAAACAAAUACUGGCAAAAAAUAA